AUGGGCCCUUCAAGGACUACCAGCAGCAAAGGGAAGAAUGUUGAAAAGAGUCGAGGAAGCUCCGAGUGGAGCUGGCAUGAGAGAGGCGGGUAUUAUAGCAGGACCAACGCAGCCGGCCAAAUUGAGCGUUCCUAUCCCCAAAGCUCUUCACAGCAAGAGGAGACACCUCGCAGCUCGCGCGACAAUGUAUCGCUGAACGAUACCUCCAACUCAUCCACUUCAUUAUCCAGUGUAGCUCCCCAUAUCGAGGACAACUAUUAUUCCACAACUCGACAAUCAAGAGAUGACUAUCCUAGCAACGCCAACGCACGAGAUUACCAGACAUCAUCCUCCAAUUCGGACAACUACACAGUCGCGUCACCUACGGGGCAAGCUACAAGUUCCGGUGGAGCAAUGGUCACCUUCUCCCCUCAGCUGACAUCUUCAUUGUCAAAAGCUUCGACUAGUAGCAGUUAUAACGCGUAUGGGUCUUCGAGUGGCUCUUCUCAAUAUCAAUAUGCCUCGCAGAGCAAUAACUAUGGCAAUAGAAGCUACGAAAGUGGCUAUUAUAACCAGGGCGAUGGAUUAUCAACUGCGUUUAACGACAUGUCUCUGAGUAGUUCGGCUGCAGUGCCCGAAGAAGAAUAUUCCGAUACGCCACAAAACAUUAUCAGAAACCCAACAACUUCCGCAGAUCGAGAGCAAUUAGAUCCUCGUUAUCGCGUAGUUUCUGAUAAAGAUCAACGGAAGUUUUGGCGUGUUGGGAGGGUGUUUAUGAUGCUCUGGACGGAACCCGCUAAGACUUCAAUGGGUGGAACUCGGAACGGUACGCAUUACAGUACUGUUUGGUUGGAGCAAGGGGUAUACAGCGAGAUUCGACGUUUUGUUGUGAUGAGGGAAGGCUAUGGGAAUAGCAUAUGCUCCCCAAUUCACACUUACAAUGGCCAAGCGACACUGAAAGCAAAUCUCCCAGAAAGACAUCAGCAUACAAUUAUAUACACUAGCGACAAGUGCCCACUAGAGUACUCGUAUGUUGCGAAUGACGAUACAAUCGUAAGAGAGAAUCUCACCAAGGAUCCUAUCAAGGUCAGAAGGGAACAGGAAGGACCAGAAGGAGAUCUCGGCGCCUUUUCACGACUGAAUUACAGCAAGAUAUACACAAUUGAAAAUUACGUACGCGUCUUGAAAAUCGGCAUGGUGGAGAAAGACUGGCUGUCUACCUUGAACGCAAACUCCUAUGUCCGUCCACAGUCCCAACCGAUUCAAAAACCCACAAAUCACAAACCAGAAAAGGGAAGUAAGCCAUCCAGUUCGAGUGGACAUAGGAAAGGGAAAGAGACCCGACGACCUCGACGAUGA